AGCAAACCUCAAUCUGGCAGGAACAUGCUAUGUAUUGAACUGCGGCAACAUAGGAACAAAGAGACACGAUGUGGAUUAUUCUUUGUCUAAUCACCCUCAUCGGCUUUUCUACAUCCCAGACUGGUGACCUCUGUGACGAUCUCGUCAAUGAUUGUCGAAAGGAUCAUAUCAGUUGGUUCAGUUGUUAUGAGGACAGAGUUGCAACCUGUAAUCCUGGACCAAUGGGGCGUCGUGCGUCAGGCUUCUUUCGUGGCAUGAUGAACUCAUCACUAGAGGCUGAAGCAAGGCCUACACCUCAACAUGGAGUUCACAUUCCCUCCUCAGCUCUCCAGCAAAGCAUGAGAGGUGUGUCCGGGGACGCGGUCCUGCUAGUGGCCACAGUGAUCAACAGCACCUAUUUUAAGCUGACAGGUCCCAGGCAAGGAAGAGGAAGGGGGAUACGACGCCAGCCUGCUCACAUACCAGGCACUGUUUUGGGGGAGUCAGUCCUGGCAGUAAGGGCAGGAAACCAUCCAGUCAGGAACCUCUCACAACCGGUCAGGUUGAUCUUCAGGCACGACAAACCGGUUGGAAACGGAACUUGUGUGUUUUGGCAGGAGUCCACGAUAGACGAUGGAACAGGUCACUGGAGCACAGAGGGCUGUGACACCAAUCACACUGGAUCUGAAUUUAUUUGCAGCUGCAACCACCUGAGCUUCUUUGCUGUGCUUGUGAACCCAGUAUUAUCAGUGGAUAAAAGGAAUGCUGUGUAUCUUGACUAUAUCGCCUACAUUGGAUCAGCUCUUUCCAUUGUCUUCACAUUUAUCAGCUUGAUCAUCUAUAUUCGUCUACAUCGGCGGCGUCCUGAGAAGGCCAUCAGUGUGCAUAUGCAGCUAACUGGGGCAUUGUUUUGCCUCCACCUUUGCUUUCUGCUAAGCAAUUUUUCGGUGCAGCUGCUGAGUGAGAAUGAGGACAGCGUGGCUUGCCAGAUUCUGGGUUUCUUUUUACACUGGUCCAUACUGGCCACCUUCAGCUGGACUGCUCUGGAAGGGUUUCACCUCUACCUUCUCCUCGUCCGAGUCUUUAACAUCUACGUCAGGAGAUACCUGCUAAAACUCAGCUUGGUGGGAUGGGGCCUUCCUACUUUGGUUUCAGUGGUUUGUGGGAUUUCAGGUGUUUAUGGCAAAUACACUCUACAAUAUAAGAAUGAAGGCAACCAGAGUUCAGAAGCACAAAUAUGCUGGAUGAACACGCACUUCAAACAGCAGGCAGUUUUAGUCAGUUCCAUCACCACUGUGGCCUUUCCCUGCCUGGUGAUACUGUGUAAUUCCUGCAUGCUUGGACUGGUGGUGUUUAACCUCUGGGGGCUACGAGGAGGCAACAGAAGCUUUGAAAGCGGCAGUGAGCAGAAGAAGAUGAGCAAAGAGAAAUGGAGCAGAUUAUGGAAAGACAGCGCUACACUGCUGGGCCUCAGCUGUGUGAUGGGGUCAACCUGGGGCUUAGCCAGCAUCACAUACAUCACAUAUAUUUCACUUCCUGGGUUGUAUGCAUUCACAAUAUUGAACUCCCUGCAAGGUGUGUUUAUGUUCCUGUGGUCUGUGGCCUUGGCCUGCAAGUCUCGAUCUGACCAUAACACAUCAGUCAGAGACCCUUCUACUCAGAAAAUGAUGACAACUAGUUUUAGUAACUGAUGUUCACAGCAAAGAAAAAAUGUAUUAUUCAUUAUGGGUCUUCACUGACCUUUUGGGCUUCAGUCAUAAGAAGUUAACUAUAAGUCAGAAUAAUAAUAAUUUAAUUUCCUGAUGUUUUGCUGUUUCUUUUUUUUCCAAUGUUUUAUGUAGAAAAUCACACAUCAUGAUAAAUAUCCUUGUGAAUAAUUUUUUUUACCUGUAAAAACAUUGUAUUGUGUAUGUACACGUCGCUACCUAGGUUCAUAGGAGCUAAGAGUAAUAGCAAUAACCAACGGACACAGGUACAAGUAGUUGUGAUUUUUUUUUUAGUUUCGAAAAACCACUGAAACAGUGCACAAUGUAGUUACAAUGCAAUACAUAUGGGCCCAAUAAACUAAGGAAAAAAAUGUCUCUUUGAAAA